AUGGCUUGGCUGCUCGGCAUCACCUGCAUCCUGGUCUGCUGCCCGGAGCUGCUGCAGGGCAAAGCUUCAGAGUACCAGCUGGAGUCAGAGACCCUGAGCCAAUGUGAGCUGCUGAGGGGAGCGGCUGUUGCCAAGCAACAAAGUGUCAUCCCUCACUGUUCAGAGGAUGGCAGGUUCAGACCUGUGCAGUGUAGUGGGCGGGGUCAGGAGUGUUGGUGCGUUGAUGCUGAAGGUCAAGAGGUCGUCGGGACUCGAACCAACAGCUCUGCGCCUGACGUCGCUCGGUCCUGUGCGUCUCCCUGCCAGCUGCAGUCGGUGCUGCGGUGUUCUCCUUCAGGUGUGUUUGAGGCGGUGCAGUGCGCGUCCAGCAGGGGGCAGUGUUGGUGUGUGGAUCAGGACGGGAUGGAGCUGUACGGGACGCGACAGAGCGGGAGACCUCAGCGCUGUCCUGGCAGCUGUGAGGUGAGGGGGAGGCGGCUCCUCCACGGCUCCGGAUCUCCUUCCCCUCCUCAGUGUGCAGCCGACGGAGGCUUCCUCCCUGUUCAGUGUAAAUUCAUCAACAUGACGGACAGGACAGAGCUGGACCUGCUGCACGCCCUCAACAGGUUCCCAGAAGCCUUUGAGACAUUCAGCAGUUUUAGGAAGUUGUUCCCGAUGGUUUCCUCGUACUGUUUCUGUUCAGACAGUAGAGGCCGAGAGCUGGAGAACACAGGUGUGGAGCUCCUCCUGUCGGAGGUGUACGACUCUGCGUUCUCUGGUCUUCGGUCCGGUCGCUCCUUCUCUCAGACCAACAUCUACAGAGUCCUGCACAGGAGGAUGCUGGGAGUUCGCCUCACCCUCACUGGACACUUCAGAUGUCCCUCUCCCUGUGAGGAGGAGCGGCGGGCAGCGAUGGCGGCGUCCAGUGUGUUUGUCCCGUCCUGUGAGAGCGGAGGCUCCUUCACCUCCACACAGUGUCAGCAGGGGGGGCAGUGCUGGUGUGUGGACCCCACAGGAAGAGAGCUUCCUGGGACACGACAGCACGGAGACGCCCUGGUCUGUGGUUCAGGUCUUGCUGACUGUCCCUCUCAGCGUCGUCUGGCUCUGUCCCGGUUCUUCUCUGGUCCUGUUGCUCCUCCUCUCUUUGAGGCCUCCUCUGGCAGACCUCCAGCCUCCUGUCUCUCCCUGCUCCGGCCUCUUAGAGACCUCCUGCCGGCGGAGGCGGAUCUGAUCUCCUUCCUGUCUCACCUGGUCGAAGUCCUCCAGGGUCUCUUCCCCUCUGUGGGAGGGGCCCUGCAGGCUCUUGCACGCGCCUCCCCCCGUCGCCUCCAGGAGAACCUGUUCGGAGGGAAGUUUCUGAAGAACGCUGCGGCCUUCAACCUCAGCGGGGCGGUGGGACCUCGAGGAGCUCUGGGCCUGGAGCGGCUCUCCUCUCAGAGCGGCCUCCAGAACAACCGGGACCUGGUCCAGACCGUCAGCAGAGCCCUGGAGGAUCCUGCCUUCCUCUCCGCCCUCCGACACACACUGACGGGGCUCAGCGGCUCCGCCUCAGUGCAACAGGUCCUGACUCCUCUGUUUCGUUCCUGCUCUGGUGAGGAAGAGGAGGAGGAUGCAGCGGCCAUCUUUGUUCCCAGCUGCACGUCCAGCGGUGGUUUCCAGGAGGUUCAGUGUCAGGGUGGAGAGUGCUGGUGCGUCGACGCUCAGGGUCUGGAGGUCGCAGGGUCGCGGACCUCGGGUCGUCAGCCUCGCUGUCCGUCCCGCUGUGAGAGAGCGAGAGCGACGGCGCUCAAGGUGAAAGGAAACAUGGCGGCUGGAGCUGAAAUCCACAUCCCAGCAUGCUCGGAGGACGGAGACUUCCUGCCGCUGCAGUGUGUCGGGUCACGCUGCUUCUGUGUGGACGCUGAAGGGAAAACAAUGACUGCAGGGCCAACAGGGGGCGCCAUCAGCUGUCCAGAGAGAAAAACUCAGAAGCUCCAGUCGUCUGCAGGUGGGUGCUCUCAGGUGUUGGCUGAGGUCACGGCGUUCAGAGAGGAGGUGAAGAGCAUCAUCACUCUCUCUAACUCCUCCCACCUGCCACUGGGAUACGGAUUCCUAUUGGCUGAAGGUCUGCGUCUGACGCCCGAGGAGCUGCAAGUCAGCCAAUCAGAGGAGGAGAUGCAAAUUUCUGAUAGCCUGCUGAGCCGAUCCAGAGCUGCUCUGCGAUUGGCCGCUUACUCCACUGUCCAGAUGUUGCUGCCUCCUCGCCGUCGUUCCUACCAGCCGUUCACUCCUCAGUGUGACGCUGACGGACGCUGGCUGCUCACUCAGUGUUACCACAGCACAGGUCAGUGUUGGUGCGUUGAUGAAGAUGGAGAAUACAUCACUGACUCUCUGAGCAGCCGCUCACUCAGCCUGCCCAAAUGUCUGACUCGCUGUCAGAGAGCUCAGGCUCACUCUCUGCUCUCUGGUUGGAUGAAAGGCUCUGACGUCACCACAACCUCACCUUACCUCCCGAAGUGUGAGGAGGAUGGUCGUUACUCUGUGCUGCAGACAGGAGGCGCUGCAGGCUGGUGUGUGAACCCUCUGACCGGAGAGACGUUACAGACGGCAACACCGAGCGCUGCCGGACAGCUGACAUGUCCCAGCUGGUGUGAGCUGCAGGGUCUCCAGUGUCGCCCCGACGGCUCCUUCAUCCCGUUGCAGUGUGAUGUCACUUCCUGUUGGUGUGUCUCUGUGGACGGACAGGAGGUGGGCGGGACCAGGACGCCGCAACAGACGGGACGGACGCCAUCAUGUGAUCGUCCUCUCUGUCCAGACCCUGAUGUUACCCACGGUGCACUGGUCUGCCGCCCGACGGCCGAUGGUCGUCAGAGCUGUGAUCUCGUCUGUCACCGUGGUUACCACAACUCACUUCCUGUCAGCAGCUUCCUGUGUGAGACUGGGAGUCGGCGAUGGGACGGAGAAAACAAACCGCUGAGUGGAGCCUGUCAGAUCUCUCAGCCCCUGCAGUCGGUGUCAUCCUCUCAGCUCUGGUUGUUGUCGUCGUCCUGCUCUCAGAUCAGCAGUUUACAGUCUGUGUUGUUCAGCUCGAUGACCAGCAGGGGGCUCUGCUCCGUACAGCUCCCCGUGUCGGGCCGCUCCGUGUUGGUGUGUGACGACGCGUCGGUGCGUCUGCAGUGUGACGGUGACGAGUCGCUGAAGUUAACAAUCAGAUGGAGCGCCGCCCUCUCUGACCUCCCGACCUCUGACCUCCCCGACCUCCAUGACAUCGGUCUGUUCCUGAACGAGUCCAGACUCCUAGAAGGAGUUCGGAACCUUCUGGGUAAUAUCCAGUCCACGCUCACAUCAGAGCCCAAACUGGUUUCCACGACGACACCAAGCUUUGGCUGUUCCCAUGGUUACCAGCUGGCCAGUGACAGUGAAGGUUGCGUUGUUUGUCCUGCUGGGACUUUCUCCAGGGAGGGGGCGUGUCUUCUGUGUCCUCUGGGAACCUAUCAGGAUGAAGAGGGGCGGGAUUUCUGCAACAAGUGUCCCAAAGGUUCCUCACCUGCUGGAGCGUCAUCUGUCAAUCAGUGUGUGACGGAGUGUCAGAGGCGGGGCCUGCGGUGUUCAGAACGUGGCGACUUCCUGUCAGCGCAGCCUGACUUCCUGUCUGGCAGGUGGAGGUGUUUCAGCAGCGAGGGGGCGGAGCUUGAGUGGACCAUCAGUGACAAACCUCUGACUGACGAGGAGUGCUCAGUUCUCAGCAGGUUUCAGGCUGUUCCUGGAUCAGAUUUGAUUUUUGGAGCUGAAGAUACUGAAGUCUUGAAGACGAUGACCUCUGACCUCAAAACCUGUAUCCAAGCGUGCGCAGCGGAGCCGUCCUGCCACCAUGUGGCGCUGUUCAACACGCAGUGUGAACUGUACAGCACACACACACUGAACACACACUGCAACACCUCCCAGCAGACUAGUGGGUUUCUGGGUAAUCCUCAGGCCGAGCUGUUUGAUUGGCUGAGCUGCUCUCUUAGAGUGAGGGGCGGAGCUUCAGAUAUGCUGGUCAUCAGGAAGAAAGGGGCGGAGUUUUCCUCGCAGCAGCAGCAGCAGAGGUUUGUGAGGAUGAGGAUGAGGAAGGUGAUCUCAGGUGUGUUCAGGACUCAGGUGUUCUCUGGACGGACCUCCCUGUCUGACGCUCAUCGUUUCUGUCAGGACGGCUGCAGCCGCGACACCUGCUGCGACGGAUUCAUCCUCAACCAGAACAGCCUGAACGGAGGUUCUCUGCUCUGUGGUUGGCUGAGAGCUCCGUCGGUCUUAAUGUGUGGUGACCAGGACUGGGACGUGAUUGGACAGGGAACAGCCAAUCGUAUCUGUGGGGCGGAGCUAACCUACAACAAGCAGCAGGGGACCUUCGUGUGGGACUUUGGAGGAGAGACGUUCACCUUCGCUGAUUCAGCUCUGCCUGCCAACAGUAAGAACAAGGACUACCAGGCCUCCAUCGUCAGAUUCCAGGCCGUCUACCUGAACUCUGACCCAGCAGUCGGUUCUGGCUCUUCUUCGUGUGCAGCAGCAGAAGUCAGUCCUCCUCUGGACGGGUCAGUGCAGCAGAAGUUUGAAUCUCUGUCAGAGGACGAUGUCCUCGUGGAUCCUCAGAGGAAUCUCUCCACACUUUCCUUCUGGCUCAACAAGAAGAACUACAACUCCCAGCAGGCACUGCUCUGGUGUCUCUCACGUUGUGACGAGGAGCAGCGCUGCUCUGUCGCCGACCUCAGAGACGCCGACUCAGCAGGUUUCUUCAGCUGCUCCUUGUAUCCCGACAGCAGAGUUUGUGGAGCGUACGACAAACCACUGAGACGACCCUGCCGCCUCCUGCUGGACAGAACGCCCAACAACACCCACAGCAAGAAGGUGGAUCUGUCCGGACCAGUGAAGAGUUUCUACCAGAGAGUUUCCUUCCAGAAGAUGGUUUCGUACUCCGUCCGCAGCCGAGUCAGUCUGAGAGACAACACACCGCUGUCUGAGGGGUUCAUGGAGUGUGAGCGGCGUUGUGAUGAGGAUCCUUGUUGCCGUGGUAUUGGCUUCGUCCAAGACACCAAAUCACCAGGUGGUUCAGACGUGGUGUGUCUGUCUCUGAUUAGUCUCGGGGUUCAGACCUGUGGUGAAGACGACACGACGACCUGGAGGACUCAGGACUGCAGACCAUCUGUAGUGAAGACCACACCAGACCCCUUCGGCUGGUACCAGAAACCUGUGAAUCAGUGGACUUCUUCUCCUGCUCUGUGUCCUCCAUUCAACCUGCCACCAACCAGAGACAACGUGUCUCUGGACGAGUGGCAUCUCCUCCCUAAAUCAUCAGUCCUGGUUGACCCGUCUGUCUCUACGUAUGAUGUCAUCCAUGUAAGCCGUGACAUCAGCACUGACCAGGACAAGACCAGGGACUGGUGUCUCCAUGCUUGCCAGAAGGCGGAGUCUUGUGUCGCCGUGUCACUCCGUGAGACGGAGUCCGCCACUCGCUGUGUCCUGUACCCUGACACGACAGCUUGUGGGUUAAGCUCCGCCCCCGGCUCCUCCAGACCCACCACCUCCUGCAGGCUGGUCAUCAGAGAGCCCGCCCCUCACGUGUACCUGAGGACAGAGCGGUUGCUGCCGGUUACGACCGUCUCCAUCCCAGGUCAUGGGAUCCUGCAGGGUGUUGCCAUGGAAACAGCCCUGGGCUCAGAGCGGAGGACGGUCGUUCAGUUUCUGGGAGUCCCAUACUCCCGUCCACCAAUAGGAUCACUCCGUUUUGAAGAGGCUCAGCCAGCUGAUUGGACAGGAACCUUGGACACCACCAGACCACGUCCCAGUUGUGUCCAGCCAGGAGACGUGGAGUCCUCGUCCUCCAGUGAGGACUGUCUCUACCUGAACGUCUUCGCUCCUGCUGCUGUGAGGGGGCGUGUCCCAGUCCUGGUCUUCUUCUUCAACCCGUCAGCCAAUCAGAAUCCAGGAUUGCUGGAUGGCUCCACCCUCGCUGCUGUGGGCAAUAUCGUCGUGGUAACAGCAAACUACCGGACCGCAGCCCUGGGAUUCCUGAGCACGGGUGAGUCUGGUCUCCGUGGUAACUACGGGCUGUCGGACCAGGAGGCGGUGCUUCACUGGGUUAACGCCCACAUCUCCCUGGUGGGCGGAGACAACAUGAGAGUGACGGUGGGGGCGGAGCGUCGUGGUGCUGACAUCAACAGCCUUCACCUCCUCUCCUCAUCCUCUCCUCCUCUGUUCCAGCGCAUGAUGCUGAUGGGCGGUUCUGUGUUUUCUCCAUCACUGGUUCAGACUCCCUCCUCCUCCAGGCGUCAGGCGCUUGAUCUGGCAAAAGAACUGGGCUGUGUGACCUCUGACCUCGCGGCCUGCCUCAGAGCGACACCUGUUCAUGCUCUCAAUGCUGCUCAGACCAAGCUGUUGGCGCUCAGCGGUCCAUUCAGGUCCUGGUCUCCGGUCCGUCUGUCGGACUCCCUGUCCACCUUCUACAGAGUCGAUCUGCUGCUGGGAACAUCAGAGCACGACGGGCUGAUCGGCCGAGCUCGCAGGAUAAAGGACUUUGAAGCUCUUCAGGGGCGAGCUGAUGGUAAAACGGCGUUUUAUGAGGCGCUGAGUCGCUCGCUGGGCGGAGAGAAAGGAAGUGACAUGCUGAAGGAGGCGGCGGCCUGGUUCUACUCUCUGGAUCACAGUACUUCACCUGCAGGAUACAACCUGUUCUCCAGAGCGCUCAACAACGCCACCAGAGAUCUGUUCAUCGUCUGUCCCACGCUGCAGAUGGCUAGCCACUGGGCUAACAGCAAAGCUAACGUCUUCCUGUAUCACCAGCCCGCCACCAGUGCUUACGACAGGGCCGAUGUGUUUGUUCCUUUGGACGUUCAGCUUGUGUUCGGGACUCCUCAUCAUCCAAUCAGCUCUCAGCGUUUCACCUCCACUGAUCGACGCCUCUCUCUGGCCGUGAUGACCUAUGUCUCCAGCUUCGUCAGGACAGGGAACCCGAACCUGUCCCGGGUGUGGGGGGAGUCAGUUCUGCCCCGCUGGCAGCCAGUCCAGUCCUCUGAGGCCCCGCCCACCUACCUGCAGCUAAGCCCCGCCCUCGUCAAUCAGCAGGGUCUGAGUCAGAGAUCCUGCUCGUUCUGGAGUCACCUGGGACCCAGACUGAUGGGACUGACAGGUGAGUCGGGGGCAGAGCCUGUCCAACCUGCGCUGACCCCUGAGCUCCCAGUGGCCUCACCAUCCAGCCAAUCACAGGCAGAGAAAGACGCCUACAGUUAAACAAAUGACAUCACAGCAUCAAGAAAAACUGUUUUUGUUUCUGUUGAUCCAGUUUCUUCUAAAUCAUCAAUAAAAGCAUCUUAAA